AUCUUCGCCAGUGUGAGUUGCGUGACACCCUGUGGAAGUUUUCAUUUGCUCUUGUGCUGUUCGAGAAGACACCCGAGUUGGUCGAAGCGUGGCAGCGAUGUGCGGCGUCGUGGACAGCGAGGGAGCUCUUUGAUCAUCACUUCGUGCGAGGCAUUCUUCUGGAACUUGAAGGCCAACCCAAGGCAGACGAUGACGAUGAGAGGGCCGUCUUCACGGAAAAGGACUUAGAGCAGGUGGACGAGUGGCAAGGGUAUGACGAUGCUCAACUCGACAAG